UUUCGCAAGACAUCUUCUUCUUCCUUCUUUCUGCCGGAGAUCGAGAAAAACCGCACCAGAAACAAAACAAGUGAUGCCGACUGACAUAGAAGACGAGAUCAAGGACGAGAAGAACCCUCGACCUCUUGAUGAAGAUGACAUCGCCCUCCUCAAGACUUAUGGACUCGGGCCUUAUUCCACUAGCAUCAAGAAGGCAGAAAAGGAUGUGAAAGAAAUGUCAAAAAGGAUCAAUGAUUUAUGUGGUAUUAAGGAAUCUGACACUGGGUUAGCUGCACCUAGCCAAUGGGAUCUUGUUUCUGAUAAACAAAUGAUGCAAGAAGAGCAACCUCUUCAGGUAGCAAGAUGCACAAAGAUAAUUAAUCCAAACACUGAAGAUGCCAAAUAUGUUAUAAAUGUCAAGCAGAUUGCAAAGUUUGUUGUUGGGUUGGGAGACAAAGUUUCACCUACUGAUAUUGAAGAAGGCAUGCGUGUCGGUGUUGAUCGCAAUAAAUAUCAGAUCCAGAUUCCCUUGCCUCCCAAGAUUGACCCAAGUGUAACCAUGAUGACAGUUGAGGAGAAGCCAGAUGUGACAUAUAAUGAUGUCGGUGGAUGUAAAGAACAGAUUGAGAAAAUGAGAGAGGUUGUUGAGCUACCCAUGCUCCAUCCUGAGAAAUUUGUAAAGCUUGGAAUUGAUCCUCCCAAAGGUGUACUCUGCUACGGUCCACCUGGAACUGGCAAAACACUUCUAGCAAGAGCAGUUGCUAAUAGGACUGAUGCAUGCUUUAUACGUGUAAUUGGAAGUGAGCUAGUUCAGAAGUAUGUUGGCGAGGGAGCUCGUAUGGUUCGCGAACUAUUUCAGAUGGCACGCUCAAAGAAGGCUUGCAUUGUUUUCUUUGAUGAAGUUGAUGCGAUUGGGGGUGCACGGUUUGAUGAUGGGGUAGGUGGGGAUAACGAGGUCCAACGAACCAUGCUUGAAAUUGUGAAUCAACUGGAUGGGUUUGAUGCUCGUGGUAAUAUUAAAGUUCUGAUGGCCACAAACAGACCUGAUACACUGGAUCCAGCACUGUUACGUCCUGGAAGAUUGGAUCGCAAAGUGGAGUUUGGACUUCCAGAUAUGGAGAGUAGGACACAAAUAUUUAAGAUCCAUACACGAACAAUGAACUGUGAAAGGGAUGUCCGUUUUGAACUUCUUGCUCGCCUUUGCCCAAAUUCAACGGGAGCCGACAUAAGAAGCGUGUGCACAGAGGCUGGAAUGUAUGCCAUACGAGCACGGAGGAAGACAGUGACUGAGAAAGAUUUCUUGGAUGCAGUGAACAAAGUGAUCAAGGGUUAUCAGAAGUUCAGUGCCACACCCAAAUACAUGGUCUACAACUGAUUUUCAUGUUUCCUAUGGACACCCAUUUGUGUGUUUUCAUGUUAUCCACAAAACCAUGAUGCUAUCAACCUUUUUGUCUUAAUUUUAAUUAUAUUUGUGUUUUGCUCAGCU